GUGUGACUACUAGUAUGCGAUGCGAGAAAGGUGUUUCACACGCAAAAGACGUGCUGCACAUGUCAAACAAGGAUGCUGCUUGAUCGAAGCUGAACCUUAUCUGUGUUUGCUACAUUCGCCGCUGUGGCCGAACGAUUCGACGGUCGCUCCUGGUGACAACCGACGGUCGGCCGGUGACAGACUCCAGUACCUUGCCCACAAAGCUGGACCUCUGGAUGUUGCGUCACGGCCCGUCUGCCACAGCCUAUUUAGUUUGAGGCAUGUCUUAGGCUCUCGCCACGCAUCUUCGCAUCCUGGCGCACGCAUUGAUAGAUGGAAACCAGCUGUGAGAAUAUGUUCAAGUCGGCCGACACCUGCGGAGUGCGGACACGGCCACACUUUCGACCAUUUCGUCUGAGAACGGGUGGCCGUU